AUGUCCACCCCAAACAACAAAGCUGCGUGGCUCAUCAAAGCUGGCUCUCCCCUACAAGUGGAUGAUGCUCUACUGCCCACAGCUGGUCCAGGAGAACUCGUCGUUAAAAACGCCGCGAUUGCCAUCAACCCUCUUGACUGUCAUAUGCAAGUCUCCGGAGUUUUCGUGCAGCAGUGGCCCGCAAUAUUCGGUUGCGAUAUUGCCGGUGAGGUGCAUGAAGUGGGAAAGGAUGUCGAACGAUUCAAGAUAGGGAAUCGUGUUAUUGGACAUGCUAUUAAUCUGACUAGUGGGCGCCCUCAGGAUGGUGCAUACGCUCUGUACACAGUAAUUCCUGCAAGCAAAGCGGCCAUACUACCCGACGAGAUAUCUUUCACGAAUGGUGUUGUGGUGCCGUUCGCAUUGGAGGCAGCUGUCUGCGCGCUUUCCCUCAAGGAGCCCGGGUUUGCCAUGCCCGGUGUAUCUACACCGGCACUCGGCCUUCCAUACCCCUCGCUACAAGAAGUGCCAUCCUCCGAGAAGACUCUUGUUAUCUAUGGUGGCUCAUCUUCCGUUGGCUCGAUGACAACCCAGCUUGCCGCAGCGGCCGGAAUUCACGUCAUAGCCAUUGCUGGGGAACACAAUUUUGAACUCAGCAAGCGGUGCGGUGCAGCUGAAGUAUUCGAUCGCAAUGAUACUUCACUUGCUGACAAGGUUAUCGAUGCACUUCGAAAGAAUGGUGGCGAGUUCGUUGGCAUCUUUGAUGCUAUAGGUACACCUGAGACUUACGCUCACGACAUUACUAUUCUUGAUCAGCUGGGUGGAGGGUACCUUGCUUCCGUGCACCCUCCUCCUCCUCCUAUUGACCUUCCCCCGAAUGUCAAUGCUGGUAUGAUUUUUGCGGUCAACGAUGUUGCGACGCCUGUCUGGGAGGAAUAUGUUACGCCUGCGUUGCAUUCUGGAAAGCUCCAGUGCCUCCCAGCCCCGUUAGUUGUUGGUAAGGGCUUGGAGCAUAUUCAAUCUGCAUUGGAAAAGUGUAAGACGGGAGUCAGUGCCACGAAGCUGGUAGUGGAGCUAUAA